CCGGCAGCUCUUCAAUAAGGCACAUUGUUGCACGAAACUCCAGCGCUGGAGUCCCAGGUUACUAGCAACGCCGUGUCACUCAUCUGAGAAGAUUCGCUCAGUCAGAGCAUCGUGUGAGUGAGUCUGAGAGGUCCCACUACCCUAGUGGAGCUUGGCUGUGAUUCUUCCUAAGUGACCCUGUGGCUGAAGCUAGCGCCUUGACACUGGGUAACCAAACAAGUUGCCAGGAGUGUUACUUACUUAGGCAGUUUCCAGCAGUUGUUACUCCAAAAACCUGUUUCUGGAGACCUGAGCGCCCCCUCCCCGGCCGGCCUACAAUCGCUGUUAGCCUGCUUUGUGUGCCACCCGGGAGCCGAGCCCCGGUACAAAGCGGUCGGACCGCGCCACCGGCCUCCCCUGCAAGCCUUUGCUUCUUGGUUUCCCAACUUCACUCCGUCUGGCCUCAGCAGGAUGAUUGCCUCGCAUUUGAUCGCCUGCCUCUUCACGGAGCUCAACCGUAACCAAGUGCAGAAGGUUGACCAAUAUCUCUACCACAUGCGUCUCUCUGAUGAGACCCUUCUGGACAUUUCUAAGCGGUUCCGCAAGGAGAUGGUAAAAGGGCUUGGAGCUACCACCCAUCCCACUGCUUCUGUGAAAAUGCUGCCCACCUUUGUGAGGUCCACCCCAGAUGGAACAGAACAUGGAGAGUUCCUUGCCCUGGACCUUGGAGGGACCAAUUUCCGCGUGCUCUGGGUAAAAGUAACAGACAACGGACUCCAGAAAGUUGAGAUUGAGAAUCAGAUCUACGCCAUCCCGGAGGAUAUCAUGCGAGGCAGUGGCACUCAGCUGUUUGACCACAUUGCUGAAUGCCUGGCCAACUUCAUGGAUAAGCUACAAAUCAAAGACAAGAAGCUCCCACUGGGCUUUACCUUCUCCUUCCCCUGCCACCAGACUAAACUAGAUGAGAGUUUCCUGGUCUCGUGGACCAAGGGAUUCAAAUCCAGUGGAGUGGAAGGCAGAGACAUUGUGGCUUUGAUCCGGAAGGCCAUCCAGCGGAGAGGGGACUUUGAUAUUGACAUUGUGGCUGUGGUGAAUGACACAGUUGGGACCAUGAUGACCUGUGGUUAUGAUGACCAGAACUGUGAGAUUGGUCUCAUUGUGGGCACUGGCAGCAAUGCCUGCUACAUGGAGGAGAUGCGCCACAUCGACAUGGUAGAGGGCGACGAGGGACGAAUGUGUAUCAACAUGGAGUGGGGGGCCUUUGGAGACGAUGGUGCACUCAAUGACAUCCGCACUGAGUUUGACCAAGAGAUCGACAUGGGCUCAUUGAACCCUGGGAAGCAAUUGUUCGAGAAGAUGAUUAGUGGGAUGUACAUGGGGGAGCUGGUGAGGCUUAUCCUGGUGAAGAUGGCCAAGGAGGAGCUGUUGUUCCGGGGGAAGCUCAGCCCAGAGCUCCUUACCACAGGCAGCUUUGAGACCAAAGACGUUUCAGAUAUUGAAGAGGAGAAAGAUGGCAUCCAGAAGGCCUACCAGAUCCUGGUGCGGCUGGGCAUGGAUCCCCUGCAGGAAGACUGUGUGGCCACCCGCCGGGUCUGCCAGAUCGUGUCCACACGCUCUGCCAGCCUGUGUGCAGCCACACUGGUUGCUGUACUUCGGCGCCUCAAGGAAAACAAGGGCGGGGAUCGGCUGCGCUCCACCAUCGGUGUUGAUGGCUCUGUCUACAAGAAGCACCCUCAUUUCGCCAAGCAUCUUCACAAGGCUGUGCGGAGGCUGGUACCUGACUGCGACGUUCGCUUCCUCCGCUCUGAGGAUGGCAGUGGCAAAGGGGCAGCCAUGGUGACUGCAGUGGCUUAUCGGCUGGCUGACCAACACAGAGCUCGCCAGAAGACCCUUGAACCUCUAAAGCUGAGCCGCGAGCAGCUGCUGGAGGUCAAGAGAAGGAUGAAGGUUGAAAUGGAGCGAGGUCUAAGCAAGGAGACACAUACCAUUGCCCCUGUGAAGAUGCUGCCCACCUAUGUAUGUGCCACUCCCGAUGGCACAGAGAAAGGGGACUUCCUGGCUUUGGACCUUGGAGGAACAAAUUUCCGGGUCUUGCUGGUUCGUGUGCGGAAUGGGAAGCGGCGAGGAGUGGAGAUGCAUAACAAGAUCUACUCCAUCCCACAGGAGGUCAUGCACGGCACUGGGGAGGAGCUCUUUGACCACAUUGUCCAGUGCAUCGCUGACUUCCUGGAGUACAUGGGGAUGAAGGGUGUGUCUCUGCCUCUGGGUUUCACCUUCUCCUUCCCAUGCCAGCAGAACAGCCUGGAUGAGAGCAUUCUCCUCAAGUGGACAAAAGGCUUCAAGGCAUCUGGCUGUGAGGGUGAGGACGUGGUCACCCUGCUGAAGGAAGCAAUCCACCGGCGAGAGGAGUUUGACCUGGAUGUAGUUGCAGUGGUGAAUGACACAGUAGGAACUAUGAUGACCUGUGGCUAUGAAGACCCUCACUGUGAAGUUGGUCUCAUUGUUGGUACUGGCAGCAAUGCCUGCUACAUGGAGGAGAUGCGUAACGUGGAGCUGGUGGACGGAGAAGAGGGGCGAAUGUGUGUCAACAUGGAGUGGGGGGCCUUCGGGGACAAUGGAUGCUUAGAUGACUUCCGCACAGAAUUUGAUGUGGCUGUGGAUGAACUCUCCCUGAACCCCAGUAAACAGAGGUUUGAGAAAAUGAUCAGUGGAAUGUACCUGGGCGAGAUUGUCCGCAACAUCCUCAUUGAUUUCACCAAACGUGGGCUGCUAUUCCGUGGCCGCAUCUCAGAGCGGCUCAAGACAAGGGGAAUCUUUGAAACCAAGUUCCUGUCUCAGAUUGAGAGUGACUGCCUAGCCCUGCUGCAGGUCCGUGCCAUCCUGCACCACUUGGGGCUUGAAAGCACCUGUGAUGACAGCAUCAUUGUCAAGGAGGUGUGCACUGUGGUGGCGCGGCGGGCUGCCCAGCUCUGUGGCGCAGGCAUGGCUGCCGUGGUGGACAAGAUACGAGAAAAUCGUGGGCUGGACACCCUGAAAGUGACAGUGGGUGUGGAUGGGACCCUCUACAAGCUACAUCCUCACUUUGCCAAAGUCAUGCAUGAGACAGUGAAGGACUUGGCUCCAAAAUGUGAAGUGUCCUUCCUGGAAUCGGAGGAUGGCAGUGGGAAGGGGGCUGCUCUCAUCACUGCCGUGGCCUGCCGCAUCCGUGAGGCUGGACAGCGAUAGAACCCCCCCAAGAUUGGAAGGGACAUCUCUGCUUCCCCUUUCCCUGUUUAAAUUAUAAGGUGUCAUCUCCUGUAUCAGAGACAGACAGACCCCAUGGCUUUCCUUUGGCAGAGAGGACCCCAGUGGACUAGAUUUUGUCUCUGAAUAUGUUCACUGUAGAGUUUGGUACCUAACAUUUGCCUUUUCUGAGGUACAGAGUAAGGGUUUGUUCACACUGGUCACAACCAUUCCUACUGGUUCACUUUAAAAAAAUGUGAUUCCCUGGCCAAAUUCUACAUCCCUAUACAAUCCUACAAGAUGGAAGCAGUCCUAAAGAUGGGGUUGCCUCACCUUGGAGCUGAACGUGACAUUUCUAGGUGGAGAGCAUCCCCUUGCAUGAACAUUGAUGCUGAUUCUCCAGUUAGAGGACGCAGGUUUCCACUAAUGAUGCAAGCCUGAUCCUCCUGCAAGCAGACUUGGAAGGGCGGAGAGGUGGCAAGUGGAAGGAAAUCUCAUAGGCAUCCAUGGCAUCCUUUCUUUGACAUGUUUAUGAGUGUUACCCCAUGGAUUCCAGCAUUUACUAUUCUGGAAUCAAGGAAUUCCAAGUCUGGGCAAUGAAACCAAAGCCAGGAGUUGACACAUCCCAUGAGUGGGUUGAUCUCUGCAUCUCACCAUGGGCACAUGGAUCAUCUGAGCAAUGAACCUGGGGAAAAGGGAACCUUUGAGUUUAUUUUUUAAAAUUUUCCUGUAUAAGUGGAAAUACUGUAUUUUAAUUUAUAUGUGAAACUUACUUAGUUCAUGAAGUAGGUCUACUCUUCAUUAUGUGAUUGAUUGUAUGUAAUGUAUUUAUAUAUGUUAAUUUGUUAUAUAUAUAUAUACACACACACACAAAGUAUCCUCAGACUUGGCCUCAAGUCUUAAUAGAGCAAUUUAGUUUAGGAUGGAAGGUAAAGAUAUUGACAAGCUCCUAGAAAUACCUCAUUUGCCUGCAGGAAGAGAAGGGAAGCCUCUUCGGGGUGAGUGAAUGGCAAAGCAUCAGCUUUCUGGCUCCUCCCUCCCCUGCAUUCUUGAAAAUGUGUGGAAGGCAGGAAUGGAGACUAAAAUCUGGGCCCAUGGAUUGAAGAAACCACAGCAACUGUCUGCUCUGUCUAGAGACUUUCCUGGGGCAAUAUUACAGGGGAUAUGAACCAAAGGAAACCAAAGAAAUCAUUUCAAGUAGACCCAUUGCCUAGAAGUCUUUAUCUGUAUUCUUAUGACAGUCAGUAGUAUUUUAAAGCUGUCUAACAAAGGAAGCCACCAAAAAUUUUUAAAAUUCUAAUUGUCAACAUCAAACCAAAACGAAGUAAUGAACCAAACAAAACCUCAGGGACAACAUUUUUGGUGUGUUUGUGCCCUCCCAGCAAAUUUCAUCUUGAGUUUGUCUUGUAAAUGUUUUACAAGAAAUGUGCUCUCCUGAUCUGAGCUGGCAUUGGUCUACGGGCCUGUUUUUGUUUUUUAUAUACAUAUUUAUUUCAUGGCAGAGAUUAGAAUGGUGUAAAAGCCACCAGACUACUUUCCAAGAAUGCAGUUGAAUCUGAAUCUGAAAACCCACUUCUGCCCUAAUGUAAAAACAAUCAUGGACAUUAAGCUUGGACACAGUAUGAUAGUGGGAAUGGCCUUGUAAAACUAUUAAAUAAAAUAUAAGGAUCAAAACAGAAAAAUGGACAGGCUCACAACUUAGUUGCACCCAAUUUUUGUACAUUUUCAAACUUGGGCUGAGAACAGCGCCCAGUUAUCGUUUUUGAACAAGAUGGGGUAUGAAUAAGUGAAAAUGGCCCAGAUCCUCCUGGAAAUGAAAAAAGAAAGGGGACACGUCCUCACUUGUUAUAGUCUGACUUUACAUGUCCAGUGAAGCUCCUCUGCUGUCCCCAUCUUCAGUUAUUAUCUAAAACGUGGGUGCCUUCAACUGCAAUGAAAAGUCAAAAGCCACCUAUAGACUUGUCAAUCACUAAAGGAUAUCCAUGAAAUGUAGACGAAUUUUUAACUUAAUUUUAUUAUUACAUUUUAAAAUUACAUGUUUUAAAUGUGUAAUAUGUGUGUGGCUAUUAAAGAUAUGUUGUUGAUUUCUAAGCCAGAACUCUCAACAGUGCAUGUUGACUGUGAUCCCCUGGUUGCUGCUGCUCUGCAUGGUGUAAAUAGAGUUGAUCUCAGUCUUUGCCUGGAGUGUGCCGAACGUGGAUUAGUCAAACCCUUGAGCACUCAGUUUGGUGAAGAUGUCGUCACUAUGUACAAUAAAGAACUAGUUGAAUUAA